AUGGGCGGGCAACAGCCGGAUCUGCUGCCUCGCUCCGAGCACGAAGAUAAGCCCUCAUCGUCAGCCCCAGCCUCGCGCUUCAACAGAGACAAGAUCAGAUGCCUCGACGGCUUGCGCGGAAUCGCAUGUCUUCUUGUCUUCAAUUAUCAUUUCUUCUGGCCAUGGACGCCUGCCAUCAUGUUAGGUUAUGGCGCGUUCCCUCCGCGUGCGCCUGAGCCGUAUUGGGGAUUGCAGUCGUUACCAAUUAUUUGCCUUUUGCAUCGUGGACGUGCUAUGGUUGCCAUUUUCUUCGCCAUCUCUGGUUAUGUUAUUUGCCGCCAUAUUCUCCGUUUGAUCCAUGAGCGCAAGCUUGAUACUGCUUAUCAGAAGCUUGCCUCAUCUGUUUUCCGACGUGUCUUUCGCCUCUACAUUCCUCCCACCAUCAGCAUGUUCCUUGUCGCUGUGCUAGCUCAAAUCGGUGUCUUCAAGUCUGAGUUCGCCAUUUACAAGGGUCCUGACUCUCAUUACAUCAAUGCAACAAUUACUCAUGCCGAUUUGGCUGAAGGUAACUUCUGUGCUAAUGGCACCGCUGUGAGAGGAGCUACAGGUAUCGCGAAUUACUUGGGAAUAGAAACAACCGCGUAUCUCCGCAAUACCACCGGAUAUCCUGAAGGAAACACCACAGAAUGGACAGACAUGCUCCUCUGUGUCAAUCACACAACACGAUCGUACGGACCGUCUCAGCUCUACACCUUGGAAUCCGAGUACGAGGCUCAGUUCCCCAAGAACGACACCAACUCCACCAAGCCUGUCAAGGACACCACUGGUAUGGAACGACUCGCAGCUCUCAGUUACCUCGAUGACGAAGACGACCUGGAUCUCACCUUCGGUAAUGCCACCAACGCCACCAACCCACUGAACCUUACUUGGGUUCAGAUGGGAGGCUCAUGGGAAGAGCAUCCCUUCAUCCACCCGAACUUGACAUACGCGAUGAAGAACUUUACCAGAUCCUACGCCGAGUGGGCCAACCCGUUCAACUUCGGUCACUACCAUACACGCUAUGAUCCACAUACCUUCACGAUUCCGAUGGAGUUCCGUGGCUCAAUGGUCAUCUACAUUUUCCUCCUCGGCACAGCUGCCAUCAAGGCGAAAUGGCGCACAAGAAUCGGCUGCUUCCUCUCUGCGUACAGUCUCUUCAUCGGACGAUGGGACAUGGCGACUUUCUUGGGCGGUAUGUUGCUGUCAGAGCAUGAUGUUCGACGUUCAUCAGAUAUGCCACCGUCGGCUACUGGCGCGAAGGGUCGCGGAGGAGAUUUCCAACGGACGACAAAGGGAACGGCUCUGCGAUGGGCUGGUAUCGUCUUGGCGUUGUAUUUCUUGUCGUAUCCCGACUCUGGUGCCGAGUAUACGCCGGGUUUCGCCUAUCUUUCGACCUGGGUACCUAAGUACUACACACCGCUGUCUGGAUGGAUGUUCUACGAGGCAAUGGGCGCGGUGCUCCUCGUUGGGUGCAUCCUGCGAAGUCCGGUACUCGUUCGCUUGCUUGAAAGCCGCCUCCCUCAGUAUCUCGGCAAGGUCAGCUUCUCACUGUAUCUCGUUCACGGACCUGUGUUGCAUAGCUUGGGCUUUUGGAUUAUGCCGAGACUGUUCGACAGCUUCGGAAAGACGGGCGGGUACGCGAUUGGCUGGGUUGUUCUGCUGGCCAUCACGUUUUACUUGACGGAUCUGUGGAACAAGAAGAUUGAUGGCUGGAGUGUGACGGUUGGAAGAAGAGUGGAGAAGAUGCUUUCAGAGGACUGA